AUGGAACGACGCACACAUAAUCGACGGAGUUGUGGCAUUGCCCAAGAUGACUGCACCCUUUUUGAUUUGCAUUUGCACGGGGAGCACGCUCAACCAGAAAUCGAGCGACAGGUGCGCCUCUGUGUCCGCCAAGGUGGCAGAAGACAGCGACGAGAACUCGUCCUUGGCGUCUGUACGCGCCAACGCCUCGACAAUGUUUGUGUAGGCCUGGGUUCUGUUGUAGACGAAAACCUCGAGGCCAUCCACAUAGAGCUGAAGACUGGUCGACAAGCGUUUGUUCUGCUCCGGAGACAUGCCGCUGCUUUCGUCCGGCGAGUCUUCUUGAGCAAAGAGAUAAGCAGGGAGUCUCGGAAGGCGCACCAACCAGUAGCGCCAUGUGAGAUGCAUGCGGAUGAUGGAGAUGGUAUUAUCUUGGGUGAUGAUAACGACAUUGCGGGCAGCAAUACGUCCGCCAAGCGGCGACACACGGAACGACCCAAUGGAUAUUCGGACCUUGUGCUUGCGCCACACCCAAAGUCGUAG